UAUCUCUAUCUCUCUCUCUCUCUUCUGCAACCAAUUUUCUCUCCCCUCGAAUGCCCUUCUCUCUUCUUCGCCGGAAUUCAUGGACGGCAACGAAAACCCACCGCCGCCCCCUCCGUCCCCGCCGCGCGCCGUCACCAGCCUCCCCAUCGCCGCCCUUGCCGCCCGCCUCUCGUCCCUCUCCGCCCACCCUCUCUUCUCCGCCGCCCUCGCCUUCUACGCCCUCGUCCUCCUCUACUUCCCGCGCAUUUUCCUCCGGGUCCUCCUCUCCCCCGUCCUCGCCCUCACCGCCCUCUCCCUCCUCGCCCUCCUCCGCCUCGGCGCCGCCCAGCGAGCCCGGGAGCCGGAGGGCUCCGCCGCGGCCGAAGAAUGCGGGGUCCGGGCCGAAGAAAAGAGCGGGGAGCUCCGGCGGGAUUCUUGCCGCGCCGAUGGCCCCCGAUCGGAAGUGGGCUUCGCCCCGAGCGCGCGCUACGAGUGCUCCUUCGCCGUGUGGGACGUGAAGGCGCCGCUCGACGUGAUCUACGAAGAGUACGAAGGCGAAGGAGACGAGGAAGAAGACGACUGCGACUGCGACGGCGGCGGCGGCGGCGGAUUCGGUUUCGGGGGACUCGAGAGGUACCCGUCGCUGUCGAUGUGCUACCCGGAGUCGGACUCGGACUCGGAAUCAUUGUCGCCGGGCGGCGACUUCGGGUUCGGAUUCGAGUCGCCGGAGAACGGGGUCUUCCGGUGGGAUUCGGAGGACGGAGGAGGGGAGGGGAUGAUCGAGAUCUCGCUGGAUUUGCCCCCGGGGGACGGCGGCGGCGGCGGCGGCGGCGGCGGCGAGGAGGAGAACUUGAUCGAGAUCGACAUCUCUUCCGGCGAGAAAGUAUCCCGGCGGCGAAGGUUAGAUUAGAGACUGCGGCUUAUACAGGUUAUACAUCAAAAUUUGGAGGAGAAACGCGAAGAUUUUUUCUUUUUGGAAUAUAUUUUUUGUGAAUUUUUUUUUGGGAUGAGAAAUUGAAAUCUAUGAAGAAGAGAGAGAAAGAGAGAGAGACAGAUGGAUGGGGUCUUGUGCACAUCAAUGUUGCGUCGCUUGAUCCGAAGCCGCCUGAAAUUGAUCUUUACGUGGAAUUUAAUUACUAAUUCAUUUUUUCUUUCUGGAGC